AUGCCGAUCCGCGCCCAAGCCAGCGACGAGAUCGCACGCCUCACGACGGCCACCAACCUGCCCUGGCUCGUCCAGAAGCUGCGCCCGCUCCUGCGCGAUGACGAGUGGGACACGCGCGUGGCCGCGGCGCGUACGGUCGGCAGCAUCCACGCGCUGCCGUGGGUCCUGCCCGUCGCGCUCGCCACUUGCGCCGACAUUGCCCAGAGCGAGAGCCUCCUGCGCCUCGACGACCUGGACGUCGAGCAUGUCUUGGCCAACGCUGCGCCGCUACUCAAGAGCGGCGGCGAGGAGUACGACUACCGAGUGAAUUUCGACUCGGUCGCGUCGCAGCAAGCCCAUUUGGCACUCCAGCGACGCCGGCUCUGGGGCCGCCUGAGCCGGUCGAUCACCGUCGACGCGCCUCCGAUCGCCCUCCAGAGCACGCGCGCCAACACGGACCGGGUGGUCGCGGAUGUCGAUCUGUUGCCAAGUGACGCAGCGCGCGUCAUCCGCCUCGCGCCGGUGACGCACCUCUUCCGCACCGACGUCGCGGCCGACAGCCGCGCGCACGCGAGUUUUGCGAGCUUCCCGCUGCUUUUGCUCGACUGCCUCGAAGCCAUUUUCGACGCGCGCUGGCAAGUCCGGCACGGCGCCGCCCACGCCCUUCGCGAUGUGUUUUCAAGCGCGCGCGCGCCAAGCUCGCACGCGUGGUUUGACGAGGUGCUCGUGCGCGGCCUGAGCGUGCUGGCGCUCGAGGCAUGGGUCGACUACGCCUCCGAUGGGUCGGUCGCGCCGGUGCGCGAACUUGUUGCGCAGGUCGUCGCCAAGCUGCUCGACGCGGCGCCGCAGCACGUAGGCCAUGUGGCUCCGUAUCUGCGCGCGUCUUCGUGGCACGCGGCCCACGGAGGCCUCUUGGCACUGCACUACUGCAAAGUCGCACUGCCCGCCGACGUCCUGGACGCCGUCGUCGACUGCCUCGGUGCGCGGUCCGAAGAAGAGGUGCAUUCGGCCGCAGCGCAAGUGCUCGCACGCUCGGAAGCGGCGUCCGUCGUCCACCGGUGCACCGAUCGGCUCUGGGCGUUGCUCGAGACAAAGCAGACGUCCCUUGUGGAUACUGCCCCGGGGCACCUGCUCCGGUGCCUGCGCACGCACGGUAUCAGCGGGUCGACAUCGCACGUGUACUUGGUGCUGACGUAUCUCCGGCACUCGGCAGCGUCGGUGCGGAUGUCCAGUGUGGCGUGGCUCACGGCCGCAGCCGCGACGCCGCUCUCGCCGCCUCUUGUCACCGCGAUUGCCCACUGGUGCUGGUUCAUCUGGCUCGGCGCAGACGAGGUGAACGACGUGGAGCUCCGCGACGGUGUUUAUGGUCUCUGGCAGCAGCUGUGGUGCACCCACGGCAAGCACGUCAAUGCGACGUGGGGCUUGACGCUUCGCUUCUGGCUCCCGACGCUCUCGUGCGUCGACGGGUCCGUGUGGCAACUCCCGCAGCGCGCUGGGCCGAUCGACGCACCCGUCACGGCCCGGCGACUCUCGCUCGCGACGACGCUGGUGCUCUGCGCUGCGAUCAGCGACGUUCUCAACGCGCUGCCACCGGCCAUCAUGACGACGUGCGCGUCCGAGCUCCAAACGCUCCUGGAAAGCGACCAUGGCACCGACGUGCUCUGCGGUCUCUGGGUCCUCGAACGAUGGACAUCGAUGCCAGCGACGUGCGGAGCCACGGCGCUCAAGACCUUGACGCGCACACACUUCUACGCCGAGCAAGCGCCCGACCUCCGCAAGCUCCGCAAGCUCGUCGCCCGACUCCAUGCGCACUUUGCACCGCUAAUGAAGAUGGAAGAGAACGAAGACGGCGCGUGGACCGUGGCCCGCGUGUUGGCGCUGGCAGCGACCGUCAGCGAUCUCCCGUACGCCUCGCUGGCGACGCCCGAGCCGUACACGACCGCACAGUACCUCCGCCAAGACAUCUUUGCCCUCGAAGACAAGCUGCGGAAAAGCUUCGAGACGCUCGCCCGGCGCAUUGCAGCGGCCGCCGCCUCCGCCGUCUUUGUGUCCGGUCAGUGGUCCAAGCCCGGCUUGCUCGUGCGUCCGUGGAUGGACGCACUCAAGCAAGAGCCAUCGCGCGCCGUGACGCAGGUCGUCGCCAGGUCCCUCGCCGCCUUUGCCUCGGCGCAUGCCGUCUCGCACCGCGCCUGCGUCACCAAGCUCGUCAACAACCUCGUCAACUCGGUCGUCGCCGUCGACCCGGCACCGACGUACGUGGUGACGCUCACGCCGUCAUCGUCGACAGCGCCGCUCGACGUGCGCGUGGACGGCGCCCGCGUCGCGCUGUCGUACCUCGUGCCGAUCGUGCCGGAGCUUUUGCGCGCCCGGAUCGAGCAAGAGCUGGCGACAACGCCCAGCACCGACAAGCAGCUGCAAGGCCUCUGCCGCCUGCUGGCCGUCGCCGGACGCACGUCGCCCCAGGUGGCCCCCACCCUGUGCUCGUGGGCCACCAAUGGCAGCUGGGAUGCACCCACGCACGCGCUGCUCGCGGCCGUGCUUGCGGCCGACGUCGACGACCACGUGCUUGAUGCGGUGCUGCAGCCCGAGGCGCCGGACGCCGCACUCGCGCUCGUCGUUGCGCUCGCGGCGUCGCCGACGCUGGUGGUUCCGUACUUGGCGCGGAUGGUCGCCACCGCUCUUUGCAUUCUGUGCAACCGCGCGUCGCGCCAAGCCGCGAGUGUCUUGGCGCAGCUGAUCCCGCUCCUUGCGCUCCUUCCACCGUCGUCGACGUCGUCGGAUCCGUCGGCCGUGUUUUUGCAGCAGCUGGCGCGGGGCACGCCACCUGCAUGCGAGUUGCCGGCCCUCGACGGCCUCGUGUGGCGGUCGUACCAGGUGCACGGCGUCCAGUGGCUGGUCUUUCUGGCGAGACACGGCCUCCACGCCGUGCUGGCCGACGACAUGGGCCUCGGCAAGACGCUGCAAGUCCUCGCCUCGAUCGCCGUUGUGAUGCAACAUCGGCCUCUGCGGUUGCUCGUCGUGGCGCCGCCUGCGAUCCUCGAACACUGGAAGCGGGAGGCGCGCCGGCUCUUCUCGGACCACGCCAUCGUCGUGCUGACCGGGUCCAUCGCCAUGCGGAAAGCGCGCGCCACGCCUUAUCUCAAGCGCGGCGUGUGGGCAGAAAACGUCAUCGUGCUCACCUCGUACACGUGCCUCCAGCGCGACAUGGAGCUCCAUCAAGGCACGCCGUUCGACUACUGCGUGGCGGACGAAGCCCACGUGAUGCGUAAUCCGAUGAGCCAGACCGCGGAGGCGCUCCGGAGCAUUCGAGCGGCGCACCGGAUCGCGGUCACGGGCACGCCGUUGCAGAACACCGUCGUCGACGUCUGGUCGCUCUUCGAGUUUGUCUUGCCGGGGUACCUUGGUCUGUGGCCCGACUUUCGCGCCGCGACGCUGCUGCCGAUCCAAGCGGCCCGAAAGGAGUCGGCCACCAAAACGCAAAAGGAGGCCGGCGCGGUCGCGCUCACGCAGCUCCACGCGCGCGUGCAGCCGUUCAUUCUGCGACGCACGAAGGAGCACGUGCUCACGGAGUUGCCGCCCAAGAUCAUCCAAGACAUCCUCUGCGACCUGCCCGAGGCCCAGAAGGCGCUGUACGACGCCUGCGCCAACCGCAGCACGCACAGCCUCCAGCAGCUCAGCCAACUGCAAAAGCUCUGCGUGCACCCGGCACUGCUGCACGGCGGCGACACAAGUAUCGAGCUCUCGGGCAAGUUCCUCGCGCUCCAAGACCUCCUCGAGACGCAUGUCGGGGACGGCCACCGGUUCCUCAUCUUUUGCCACCUCCAGGCGACGGUCGACCUCGUCGCAGACAUGCUAUCGGCCCACUGCGCCGAGAUUGGCGUCGACCGGCUCGACGGCAGCGUGCCCGUGCCUGAACGCCAAGCGAUCGUCGACCGCUUCAACCACGACGUCAGCGUCCACGCACUCCUGCUGACGACUGCCGUGGGUGGCCUCGGCCUCACGCUCACGGGCGCCGACACGGUCAUCUUCCUCGAGCACUCGUGGAACCCGUUCACGGACCUCCAAGCCAUGGACCGCGCGCACCGCCUCGGACAGACGCGGACGGUCACCGUGUACCGACUGCUUGCCAAAGACACGAUCGAAGCCGACGUCAUGUCGUGUCAGCGCUUCAAGGAGGCGAUGGCGGCUGCGGUUGUCGGCAACCCGACGUCGACGGACCUCCUCGCGCCGCCGCCGACAAAGAGAGAGCCCGAGCCAAAGAAGACGAAGCGGACCAAGGGGCUUGAUGCGCUUCUGGAAGAGAUUGGCGAUCUCUGGGACGAAGCCCAGUACGCGAGUUUGGCGCCACUCGACACUUGA